AUGGCCAUGCCCGACGACAUCUGGGACGAAGUCUCCCAAGACGUCCCCUCCGCAUCCGACCCCUUUCUCCAGCAGUACUUGGCCGGGCGGGACGAUCUCAUCAACCAGGAGAAGACGAGUCGCUCGGAUGCGUCCUUUCGGAGCUCUCUCUCCCCCAUUGCCCGGCGGGCCUGCACCAUCGUCGACCGCAUUCGUAGCCAUGAGAAGGAGACGGUCUGGGCCCCGGACCUGGGCCAUGACAGCUCCGUCGAUGCGCGCCAGUGCGUCUAUCCCGGCAUGAUGUUCAUGAUGGCCAAGCAGCGCAUGGAGAGCACCAAGCUCUGGGAGAUUAUCCGCCGCAUGCCCAAAGGCUGCCUCUUGCACGCCCAUAUGGAUGCCAUGGUCGACUUCGACUUUCUCCUCGACGAGCUGCUCGAGAUGCCCGGCAUGCACAUGUCGAGCGACCGCGCCCUGGACUCUGACGAAGCCCUCCAAAACGCAAACCUUUCCUUUAGAUUCAGGGCCAACCAAGUCGUCCACGGCUCUGUCUGGCAACAGGCAUACCAGCCAAAGAGCUUCAUCCUUCUCACCCAGGUAGCCGACUCGUUCCCCAACCGAGGCAGACCCGGCUUCCUCGACUGGCUCAAAAGCCGCUGCGUCCUCUCCGAAGCCGACUGUCACGAGCAACACCAUGGCAUCGACGCCAUCUGGACUAAGUUUGCCAAGUGCUUCUCCACCGUCGCGACAAUCAUCCACUAUGAGCCCAUGUUCCGCUCUUUCCUGCGCCGCCUGAUGCAUCUUCUCAUGGCCGAUGGUGUCACCUGGGCCGAGCUGCGAUUCACGUGGACUCUCGACUACUGCCGUGACGGCCAGGAGGAGCCUGAAAAGGACUACAGCCACAUGCUCACCGUCUUGGAAGAGGAAGUCGCUCGAUUCAAAGACUCGCCCGGGGGCCAGGGCUUCUGGGGGCUAACCACCAUCUGGACCACCAUACGCAGCGUCGACACCAGAAGCAUCAUUGAGAACAUGGACCACUGCAUCACCUCCAAGAUGGAGUUUCCCCAUCUCAUCGCCGGUUACGACCUCGUCGGCCCUGAGGACCUUGGCAGAUCGCUCGUCGACCUGCUGCCGGAACUGUUUUGGUUCCGCAAGCAGUGCUCGCAGGAGGGCGUCAACAUCCCUUUCUUCUUCCACGCAGGCGAGACGCUUGGCGACGGCUCCAGCACCGAUGGCAACCUGUUUGACGCCGUCUUGCUGGGCACGAGGCGCAUCGGCCACGGAUUCAGCCUGUACAAGCACCCACUGCUCAUUGAAAUGGUCAAGAAGAAGCGCAUUCUCAUCGAAUCGUGCCCCGUGUCCAACGAGGUGCUCCGCUUAUGCGGCUCCAUCAUGUCACACCCGCUCCCCGCCCUCCUGGCGCGCGGAGUCGCAUGCAGCCUGUGCAACGACGACCCUGCCAUGCUGGGCCAAGACACUGCGGGCAUGUCCCACGACUUUUGGCAGGCGCUGCAAGGCUGGGGCAACCUCGGGCUUGCCGGUUUGGGCAGCCUGGCCGAGAACAGCGUCCGAUGGGCGGCGUUUGAGGAUCAGGGUCCAGACGAGUGGGCCAAGGGCGUCAGAGAGGCGAGCUUGGGGGCCGGAAUCAAGGCCCAGCGGUUGAAGGAAUGGCUGAUCGAGUGGGAAAAGUUUUGCCUCUGGAUUGUGACGGAAUUCGGCGACGAGUUUGACCCCGACGAGGAAAUCGCAGAUCAGGCCCCCAAGGAGUCGCCGGCAGAGGCGCAGAGCCAAUAG